AUGUUGAAAGAAGUGAAAAUAUUGGCAAAAUUGGUCUCCGAUUUUGUAGUCAAAUAUCACGACUCGUGGACCGAAGACCCGCAUCUCUACAUACAGAUGGAGUACUGCCCGCAAACACUCCGCUCUGUCAUCAAAGACAAACCACUAGUGUUUGGCAGACUAUCACCGGCCGAACCGCAGACUGUCUUCGAGUACUUUAUAUCGUGCGAAAUACUUCGGGAACUUUUGCUAUGCCUUAAAUUCAUACACGAAGUUAUACCGCCUAUUAUUCAUCGGGAUAUAAAACCCGAUAAUAUAUUGAUUUCAACAAACAGCACAAAUAUUAAGCUAGGUGAUUUUGGUUUGGCCACCGAACAUGAUCGCCAAUCUAAGAGCCACACACACGGCGUCGGGACAAAGAACUAUAUGGCACCGGAAAUAGGAUUUUGGGGAUCUAAAUACGAUUGUAAAGUUGAUGUUUACAGUAUGGGAAUGAUUAUGGCAAAAAUAUUUGAAAUGUAA